UUCUGUCACCUGUGUCGAAAGAAACGGAUAAAACGGAAACCAUAUCAGUCGUUACAUGCAACAGAGACUCCCUCUCUCCCUUCCCAUUAUUUAAUUUCCAUCGCAAGUUUCUUGUUUCCCACCCCUGGUUCUCUGUGCGAGUUCUUCUCAUGCGUUCCAUGAUUCGAUUAUGUGACACUCUUGAGGAGCAAUUGAAUAUGUUGCAGAUAAUACUUCGCGAGUGGGAAAACCUUAGGCAACUAUUUGGGAGAGAGUAGUAGUAAUCGGCAAACUUCUCAUGGAUGGAUUCACUAAUUUCCUUGAAAUGGUCUUCCAGUAUGCAUGAAGAAGAGGGAUGCACCUCAAUAGGGAUCAGAAAGGCACAUCAAAUAGUUUUCUAAAGCUCUGCCGGAAAAAUUAUUGCUAUUUUAAGCACUUACCAAAGAAUGGCAGCUGGUCAGCAAAAAAGAAGAUUGAAUGCUGCCAGUUUUGUGAGUGGCUAUUUGCAGGAGCAGUACAGAGCAAGAAAGAGGAAGAAUCUGGAAUUAACACAAAAUGUAACAGAGAUAGACUCCCAUAUUGCUCUUAAGUUGGAAGAAAAUCAAGUUAAUCCCAUUGCGAGGAGGGAACAGAUUGGGAUAGCUUGGAGGGACUUGGAUCCUUUUAUCGAGUCUGCUCCUCAUCGCUACACGCCCUUAGCAGAUGUUCUUUCUCUUCCUAAGGAAAUUUUUGAGUUAGAGAAUCUGACAAGGGUUCUUUCGUAUGAGGUUUGGGAGAUGAAUCUAUCGGAAACUGAGAAAAAAUUUCUAACUCAGUUUCUUCCUCAAGGGAUGGAUCAGGAGCAAGUUUUGCUCGCAUUGCUUCAGGGGGAAAACUUUCAUUUUGGAAAUCCUUUCCUUAAGUGGAGGACUUCACUUUGUUCUGGCAAUCUUCACCCAGAUGCUGUUCUUCACCAGGAAUAUUGUUUCAACGCCAAUAAGAGAGCUUACUACUUGGAGUUACAAAAAUAUCAUGAUGAUAUUCUGGAGAUUCUGCUUAACUUAAAGGAGACAUGGGUUAGCGGCAAGGAUACUGGAAAGCAUAUUGUUCAGAAGACAUGGAAGAAAGCAUUCCUUGUGGACAGUCAGGAAAAUUCAUUGGCUGUAUCAGAGAGAACAAGGGUCAUAACAAAUUCCAAGAAGGAAGAAAAACCUCACAAAAAUCAUAUUCAAUCCGGCAAUGGUGCCAAGUAUAUGUCUUAUUUCAAGAUUAGCAGGAAGCAGCAUCAACUUGUCAAGAGGAUGAAACAAUCUGGCGAUGGAAUUCAGUCCAAGUCUCUUAAUCGUGUAUUGGGUGACAUCAAAAGUUUCCAUGUACAACCAUACAAAACAUUUGAGGAGGAAGAAGGGAAUAAGUUGCGUGACUACUGGUUGGUAUUGGUAAACAGAGAUCUCCCAGCAGCUUUCUUAGAUUGGAAAGAGAGACAGUUGAAGCAGCAGCAGUGGAGGUGUUCCUUGAAGCAAGAGAUGGUAGAAAAGAAAAUUAAAUCUGCGGAAGAGGAAGAGGAGAGAGCUUACUGUGAUAGCAUGGUUGCCAGACAAAGAGAAAAUGGAGAAACAGAAAAUGAACCUAGCAUGGAUAUGCAGAGCUCAGAAGAUGAUGAUGAAUCUGUUCCUCUAUCAGCACACUAUCAUCCUCUGGAACGAAUCCCCUCCCUUAAUGGUCAUCAUGAUCCCAUGGAGAUGCAUUCUGAAGAGGGCAGUCAAGAAAUCUUGAAACCUGAAGGUGCCCCUCCAAAUCUGUCAGAGUGUUUAGGAAACAUAAAUCGAAACACAAGUCCUACAGAAGGUGCUGUUUUGCAUGAAGUUCAGGUGUCUUCUUCCAAAGAUGUAUGGCCAGUCGUUGGCAAUUCGGUUUUGCACUGCCACUCUAAUUCUUUAAGACAAGGAUACCCAUUUGUCAGUGAGUUGUCACUACAACAACCAAAGCCUAUGGAAGAGCGGGCAACUGGCUUGAUUGAUCUGGAAUCACACAUGGUUGAGCAAGAUGCCAAGGAAGCUUUGCAUAUGAGUAAUAGUGGAUCAUUCAUCUGUUCUUACACAAACGAAGAUUGCAACGAGCUUCUUCAACCAAUUUUCAAGGGCCAGGGAUUCUUACCAUCUUACUCUCAUGAGCACAAACAACAACCGAUGUUACAGUUCUUGGCAACAAAUGCCGGAGCAGUGGAAACUGGUCAUCUUCCUAGGCAUUUCCAGGAGCAGCAGCAGCUGCUGCUGUUGGAGCAGAGGGAGAUGAGAGAGAAAGAGCUGUACAUGCGGCAGAUCAUCCAAAAGGGCAUGUAUCCAAGUGGAAAUAGAUACCCUGUUCCAAGCCGUGAACUCUUCUCACCAGUCCAAGAGCAGGAUUGGACCGUUGAUUCCGUACAUGCAUCAACCCCUGUCCAGUCUCACUUGGCUGGUGAAGGAUUGUUGGGACAGAACUGGUUUCAGGAUGAGCAUCGGGCGCAUGGUUGCUGGUCUGCUCUGGAUGUUUCUAGCUCCUCAAGCCGGUGCCUGGGAAAUGGGAGCGCUGCAGAUGAAAGCCUUUUCAGUGUGCUUUCCCAGUCCAACAAAUUACAGCCCCAUUCUUAUAGUCAGGUCAGACUCACAGAACAGUAUACUCCUGGAAGGGACUAUAUUGGUGGAGGAAUUAUAGGAAACAAUGAUGUAUUCCCACAAAUGGCCCCCCAAUUCAAUUACUUUAGUCGUGAAGCAACUGCUACUGCUGUCCGGAGAGUAAAUAAUAUGCCGUGGAUGAAUACACAACAUCAGAGUGCUGGUGUACAUGAUUCAAUCGUGAAGUCAUCAUUUUUGAGUAACUGGGAUCAAUAGGGAAGAUCCUGUGUACCCAUGGAUUCGGGCUGCCAGUACAUGAACAUGGUUCAAAGCAAAAUAGGCAAGAUGGACAAUAACCCUUUUUUUCUGUUGAAAUAGUGUAAAGCAAGUUGGAACAAUGACCCAGAGCAUGCGAGGGCAAGCAGUCCGUUGGUCCUGUAAUUGUUUAUUCUUUGUGGUAAGGGCUGAGGUAAAGAGAGGAAGCUGAAGAUGCAAAGCAUGGCCGGCGAAGUUCUGUACAUAUUUAUACAAUUAGUCAGCCCAACUCGGUAUAUAUUUAGAGGGUGGGGUAGGGAUGAAGUUAUGACCAUGAUGAAGGAAUAAUAGAGAACUCAAUUCUGUUGGAAAUAAGCAUCUUAUACUUUUGCAAA